AUGCCUUUUACAGAUGCACAAAAGCAAAAACGCUAUCGUGAAAAUUUGAAAGCCAAAGGCUUAUAUCAAAUAAUGAAAGCCAAACAUACUGUACGAAUGAGAAUAUAUCGUCAAAAUCUAACAGGCACAAGAAAACAAGAUUAUGAUAAAAAACAUGCAGAAUCACAAAGAGCUUAUCCUCAAGCAGUUGGUAUUGUGCCCCGAAAUAAUCAUCAACGUACUACUCGAAAGUUAUCAUCAAAAAUAAAAAAUAGUAUAAUUUUAUUUUAUGGUCGAGAUGAUAUUUCGUACCAAAUGCCUGGAAAGCGUGAUACUAUUGUCGUCAACGAUAAUGGAAAUAAAACAACAUAUCAAAAAAAAAUUCUUCUUUAUACUAUUCGAGAAGCAUACGAACUUUUUCUUGCUGAGAAUCCAGGUAUUUCUGUGGGUCGAACGGCUUUUGCUGAAAUACGUCCUAAACAUAUUCCAGUGAAGUCGUCUAUGGCGCAUCGUGUAUGCAUUUGCAUAUACCAUGAAAACGUGAAUUUACUUUUAAAUAGUUUAUCUAAACAUGUCAAUGGAUCAUUUUGUUCAAAUUUAUAUUCAUUUACAUCGGCUCUUGUUUGUGAUGAGUCAAAUUAUGAUUGUAUGUCAUCUAAUUGUUUUACUUGUGAAAAUUAUUUCGAUUUAAAUAUUAAAAAUAAUGUUAUUGAUAGACAUGUUCAAAUAAAAUGGUACCAAUGGAAGCAUAUUAAUGGUUAUGCCACAAAAGAAGAGCAACAAGGAUCAGUUGAACAAGGUAUUGAAUUAUUAUCUUCUAAAGUGAAGACAUUUCUAUUACAUGUUUACAUUAAACGUCAACAAAGUAAAUUUUUUGAAGAAUCAAAGACCAAUACCGAUAAUAAAAAAAAAAAAAUUCAAGUUGAUUAUAGUGAAAAUUUUGAAAUAAAACAGCAAGAUGAAAUUCAAUCUGCUCAUUGGAGUUCCAAGUCGGUCUCUAUCUUUACAGCUCAUGCUUGGUGUGGUACGAACAAUUAUUCAUUUGCAUUAGUAUCAAAUAAUAUCAGUCAUGACAAAUAUUGUAUUUACAAUUGUAUUACUUAUAUCAUUAACAAAUUGAAACAAUAA